AUGAUCUCCCAAUUUCAGUAUUCAUCCAGAUUAAACCCAAAGAUAUUAAAAAAUGGCCUACUCAAAGGCUUUACUUCUUUCUCUCUUAGGUGUUACUCUUCUCAUUUCCUCUCAUGUCUUUGCUCGUGAGCUAGCCGAGGCCUCCACUACUGAACAAACACAGUCUGUUGAAGAGACUAAGUAUGGACAUGGAGGACAUAGCACUUAUGGACAUGGUGGCAUGCACUAUGGACACGGCGGUCAUUACCCACCCAACGAAGCUCAAAGUAAGGAUAGUAAGAAGGAAACCGUAGUACCGGACCACUAUGGUGAAGGUGGCUAUGAUCAGGGUGGGUAUGGCUAUGGUCAUGAUCAUGGUGGGUAUGGCUAUGGUCAUGAUCAUGGUGGAUACGGUCAUGAUCACGAUGGUUACGGUCAUGAUCACGGUGGGUAUGGCUAUGGUCAUGAUCAUGGUGGUUACGGUCAUGAUCACGAUGGUUACGGUCAUGAUCAUGGCGGGUAUGGCCACGGUGGAUAUGGCCAUGGUGGUUAUGGUGGUCACUACCCCCCAAAGGAGACAAAGACUGCCAUUGAACCGGAACACUAUGGUGGAGGUGGGUAUGGCUACGGUCAUGAUCAUGGAGGUUACGGUCACGGAAGUUAUGGACAUGGUGGAUAUGGCCAAGGUGGUUAUGGACACGGGGGAUAUGGACACGGUGGUUAUGGAGGUCACUACCCUCCAAAGGAGACAAAGACUACCGAGACACAAAAGGGUAACUGAAUGAGAAAGGUUAAGAAGAAGAAAAAUGUGGGUGUGUAUUAUAGUGUAUGAAUAACACGUUGAUCAGAUUAUAUCUACGUGGUACUACGUACUCCGUAUUGUUGUAGACUGUGUAGGUAUGUUUAAGAUGAAUUAAGGUUCUUAUUAUAAAUCUUUGAUGUAAUCAUUCUCAAUCGAUGUACUCUUCUAUGUCCAAUAAAUGUUUUGAUAGUUAAAA